UAAAUAAAAGGCGAUCCCCGGCGGUGCAGCGAACAAGUGUGUGGAUCACAAGCGAAGCGGCAACAACUCAAAAUGAAACUAUUCAUCGCGGUCUCCGUUCUGGUGGCGGUGGCAUCGGCUCUGCCACAGUUUGGUGGCAAUGCCAAUGCUAAUGCCAAUGCCAAUGCUAAUGCCCAGGGUGGCGGAUUUGGAGGUCGCCCCGGAUUCGGAGGCGGUCCAGGAUUUGGUGGAUUCGGAGGCGGUCCAGCAUAUGGAGGAGGCGGAUUCGGAGGACGUCCAGGAUUUGGAGGCGGCGGAUUCGGAGGACGUCCAGGAUUCGGAGGUGGUCCAGGAUUCGGAGGCGGUCCAGGAUUCGGAGGCGGUCCAGGAUUCGGAGGAGGAGGAUUCGGAGGACGCCCAGGAUUCGGAGGCGGCGGUGGUGGCGGUGGCUCGGCCAGUGCUUCAUCCUCGUCUUCAGCCUCAGCCGGUGGUGGCGGACGCGGUGGCGGCGGCGCUGCCUCUGCAUCCUCUUCCUCCUCCGCUUCUGCAGGCGGAGGUGGAUUCCGUGGUUAAGACAUUUUCCAUUGGUUAUAGCUAAGAAAUGACUGUGAAUAUUAAUAAAUUAAAUAAUAAUUA